AUGUCUGAGCCUGACCAGUGCAUCAUAUGUUUGGAUCCGCUGCCGCGCCCCUCGUCCUCGUCUGAGAGCAACCAGGCCGCCGUCGACACCGCUACAGCUUCCAUCGCCGACGCCGUCGAGGGCGAUUCCAGCCAUCUCAACAUAGUGGCGGCUCUCGAUGGCUGUGACCAUAUAAUCCACGAUGCUUGCAUUCGGUCUUGGGCCCAAAAGACCAAUACCUGUCCCAUUUGCCGCAAGCCCUUCCACUCUGUUCGAGUCUACAACGGCCAAGAUGGCAUCGCCAUUUCAACCUACGACGUCGAAGAUAAAAAGCAAGUUGCCGAGUUCGAUGUGCAGCAGUGGCUUGGAGAGAACCCAGAUGAAGAAGAAGAAGAAUCCAACCCAUGCCCCAUCUGCAACUCGGCAGAGCGAGAGGAUAUCCUCCUGCUUUGCGAUGGUUGCGAUGCAGCUUACCACACGCACUGCAUCGGCCUCGAUUACAUCCCCGAUGGGGACUGGUAUUGCAUGGAGUGUGCUCAUUUGUUCCAAUUGACGGACGAACAACCAGAGCCGGCCGCUGCCUCAGAGACCAGCCCAAGGCCCCAGCCCGCUCGCCGUCCAACCGCUCGAGCGAACCGAGGCUUCCACGUCCGCACCCGCGCUCGUCUCAGGCGAGCACGCCGCCAGGCACGCAACCUUGAGUGGCAAGGCGCCUGGGGGCAGUUCUCCGGCCGCUUCUACGAGAUGAGCGAGCUUGACCUCGAUAACCAUGACGACGAGGACGAGGAUCUUGAGCGUUUCCGCAGGUUCCAGCAGCUCGAUCGACGGGAGCUGCAGCGAUGGCAGCAACGGAUAAACAUUGCACAGCGUCUUGGUGCGCAAGAAUCAUUUGCAAGCAACAUACCGCCGCAGAUUAGCGAACGCCUCCAGCCCUCACUACCGCCCGUUGAGGAAACGCGGGAUGAGAGGCGUGCCUGGGGAGCACUAGAUCGUGCUCGAGAGGCCGAGGGCUCUAGCCCAAACACUCGCAAACGAAAGGCUCGGUCUGUAACAGGUUCGCCUAUUGAGCAGCCCGCUCAGGAGCCCGAAAGAAAGCUCAAGCGCCCUCGAACCAGACGACUCCCAACACACGGGGAAAGUUCUGCAACAACCACUCUUCCGGCAUCGGCCGGUCCGUCCUCGGCAAGGGUACCAAAUGGUACUUCUUUGAGAAGCAACAAUGUCAUCAGUGCUAGCCGGGACGAUGCUGAGCCAACUUUGGUCGUUUCUUCCUUGCUCAAGGAGCUGGAGCCCAACAUCCACUCGGAAGAUGAGGCAUCUGGCGCCGCCUCUGGUUGGCGCCCUUUCCAUGAGGCAUCAUCGCCGGCUCUCUCUCCAUCACCAUCCGCAUUCAGCAGCCCACGGGCUCUUUCACUAACACCACCUCCAUUGCCCAAUCUCAACGGACGGCCAUCCUCUCCGACUCUGUCUCUCAGCACGCACAUCGAACCAGUAUACCCACCUGCGAAUUACUCACCCACCCGCUUCAGCAGUAGCGACCACAGCGACUCCGAAUCGCCACCAAUAAAGCUAGAAGUUCGUGGUGGCCGAAGCGAGAAUCGACUCGAGAGUCGCCCUCUAGAGCUUCGCCAGCCUCGACCGCGGCGCGCGCAUGAGACGUCGCCAGAGUCCAGUCCGACGCGGGGUGGCGAUGAGAACUCAAUGAGACAUACAAUGACGACUGAGGAAAAGAAGAGCGUCAAUGACAUUGUCCGCAACGCGCUGCGGCCGCACUGGCGGGCUCAGAAGUUGACGGUAGAACAAUAUGCAACAAUCAACCGUGAUAUAUCACGAAAACUUUACGACGAAGUGAAGGACGCGUCCUCACUUGAUGAUGAAUCUCGACGACAAACAUGGGAGAAGAGGGUCACCCAGGAAGUG